AUGGAAAAUAUCAAGCAGAUACAGGAAAGUAAUAGAAGAAGCUACAGAAGACGCAAAGCUGUUACUAAUUACAAAAUCAGAGAUUUGGUAGCAAUUCAAAAAACUCAGAUUGGACCAGGCCAGAAAUUGCACUCUAAAUUCUUAGGGCCUUACGAAGAUUUUGAAACAGACUCAGAACAUAACUCAGACCUAGAAAAAGAUGACAUUUAUGAGAGCAUCGAAGGGGAUGAUUUAUUUGGCAUUCCAAUAUUGACGGUUCAAAAUGUUGAUCCUUGCAUUGAAGAGAACGGCGAGAAUCAUCGGACAUCCAAAUACGAGCUGAUGACCCGUCGAGAUGACAGAGCGAGACUCGUUGUCAGACGUGGUCAGGCAUUUUAUCUGCAUGUCAGCCAAUCUCGACACUUUUGUUCUUUCAUCGAUGAGAUGUCUAUCGUCUUCAUUCUGGACGGCAUCAAAAGGCCGCAAUACGGAGAUGGGACAAUGGUGGCAACCACUCUGCUCCGUCCUGGAGAGAUUUCCAAAACUGCUUGGCAGGCUAACAUUGAUCCUAUAGACCAUCGUUUGUUAAGGAUAAAGAUUGUACCACCUGCAGAUGCGAUUAUAGGCAAAUGGAAAAUAAAGAUCAAUACCAAGUACAAGCCAACUGAAGAAACUGCCAGUUACACAAUGGAUCAUCCAUUUUAUUUAAUUUAUAAUCCAUGGUGCAAAGACGACGUGCAUUACUUGGAGGGUGAGGAUGAACGCCAGGAGUACGUACUGAUGGAGGAUGGUUUAAUUUGGCUCGGAAAUCGUAAAGAUAUGCGUAGCAUUAAGUGGAAGUACGCACAAUUCGAUCAAGAUAUUUUGGAUAUCGCUUUGUACCUGAUGAAUCAAGUCUGCAAGGUUCGAGUUUCCGAUAGAAACAAUACCAUCGUCAUAACACGUUGUUUAUCCGCUGCGGUGAAUUCCAACAUAGACAAUGGGGUAGUGGCGGGAAGAUGGUCGGGUUAUUACAAGGGUGGCACACCACCUACGUGGUGGACCGGCUCGCAAAAAAUACUUCAGGAAUAUUACAAAACGAAGAAACCAGUCAAGUACGGACAGUGCUGGGUUUAUGCCGGUGUGUUGACGACGAUUUGUCGCACUCUCGGUAUACCCUGUCGACCGGUGACCAACUACUUGAGCGCUUAUGAUACUGACACAGAUAUUGAGACUGAUACUGACACAUAUAUUGAGACUGAUACUAAGGAAAGUCUGACCGUGGACUAUUUUAUGAAUGCUGAGGGCGAGAUCAAACGAAAGGAUUUUAUAUGGAAUUUCCACGUCUGGAACGAGGUGUGGAUGAAACGAUUGUUUCCUGAUUAUUCAGGGUGGCAAGUGAUCGAUGCCACUCCUCAGGAAUUGAGCGAAGGAUCGGAUCGUAUUGGACCAACCUCCGUGGCCGCCGUGAAGAAGGGCGAAAUUGUAUUUCCCUACGAUACCGCGUUCCUCUGUUACAAGACGAAUGCUGACAUGGUUUCCUGGCUCUACGACGGGCCUGCACGGCCCUUAAAAAUAAUUCGCACGGAUAGGCACAGCAUCGGCCAAUUAAUUAGCACAAAAGCGGUUGGAAAGUGGUCGAGGGAAGACAUCACGCACACUUAUAAAUAUCCAGAAGGUUCUGAUGAAGAACGUGCUGCCACGAGGAAGGUGUUGCGUCAAAGCAAGUCUUUAUUAAAUCGUUAUUAUCUCAACGAGGAAUUCGACGAUGUUAUGUUCACUUUUAAACGCGACGACAUCAUAAUCGGACAGCCAUUUAGUGUUGUACUAUUGGUUAAAAAUCGGAGUUCAAUAAUGGAAUAUCGCGUGUUCGUUCUUCUGAGAGUGGAGAUGGUCUUGUAUACCGGUCAGGUGGGCAAAUCGACGGAGAAAACAUACUUUGGCGAACUAGCCCGACCAGGAGAGCUCCUGGAAACUCGCUUGGACAUUUCUUGGGAGAAAUACAGCCCGAGAUUGUUAGACCAAUGCAACUUCAUCAACAUCACCUUUUUCACUACCGUGUUAGACGUGGACAUGAAGUACAACGUGCAGGAUGACUUUGACGACAGUUUUAUAGUCAAACUGGAAAAAAGUCGCAGUAAUUCUGAGUGAUCGCGAUAUUUUCGAGGAUAAUAAUUUAACAUGUC